CGGUUGUGAGUUAGUAACCGGUCGUCUGCCUAACGUCAACCCUCUUUGUAAAUACUAUGGUUGCCUAUUAGACAAAUACUAUGGGGACUCUGCACCAUCAAAUUCAGUGAUAAAAAAGUGGUUUCCUGAUUUUCGAUGUGGCUGUAGAAGCACAAAUGAUGCCGAAUCAUCUGGACGUCCAGUAGAGGUCGCUACACCCACAACAGUUUCCAGGAUAUGGUGUUGGCCGAUCGGAGAUUGAAGACACUAUGUAUAUCGCUGUGUUUGGCGUUAUCUCUGGCUGGACCCAACGAAAAAAGUGUUCCAGAGUUUAUAGAACAUGUGCUGCGGAUCCCCAAUCCUGAAAAAGUCCUAAAUUCUGUUCUGGGGAUGCUGGAGGGGAACCGGCAAGCGGCCCCUCGGCGCCAGGCCCCUAACCUUUCAGACGAAAGCGAAUGCGAUGAUUCUUCAGAGGUCUUGCCAGAAUAUACCGAAUCUCUGCAAGCUUCGAGAGAGCGCGAUGUGAGGCAGUUUAGCGUGCAGAAGCACUACCCCAUUUGCCACAUCGAGAGGAAGAUACAAAGAUUGAACACGAACGAAUACGAGUAUCGACCAGCGUACUACGAGGAGGUGCGAUGCAGUUCCUCCGUGGGCGAGGAAAAGAGCGAGAGCAACGAGAUCUGCUCCAGUCUUGGAUUUUCUUGUGUUCAGUGGAAUAAAACGAUUCAUUUAACAAGAAGAAGAUACACAAGUGAUUGCUGGGAAACCAGGACGUUGGUGAUUCCCGCUGGCUGCGAGUGCAUGUGGCCAGUGCACCGGCUCGGAGACAUGGCUGUGCACCUCUAAAGCCGGCGCAAAUACCGAAUAUCAACUCUCAGGCCUUUUUGUCCAUAAGUUACAAGUUAUUGCAGUAAAGUUAAAUGUG